AAGUUUUAUUUUUACUUACAUAUAUUUUUUCGAGAAGUUUUACACAUUUAUUUCAUAUCGCACUAUAAAUACCAAAAAAUGUUUAACAUUCACUAUUUCCGCUUUUAUUUAGUCGCUGUUUUGAUGUGGCCUUAUAUUUUCACCAACGCUUAUUAUUAUUGUGAUAAGCAGUAUAAAUUAUGUGGUGAUAAGAAGCAUUUUAUGUGUGAUCCGGAUGCUGUGCCUAGCGAAGGCGAACUUCUAGGUCUUUUGCCAUUGACAGGGUCGAUUAAGCGACUUUAUGUGGAUCGUCACAAUGAAUAUCGCAACAAAUUAGCUGGAGGUGACCAAGAAUUCGAAGGCGGUGGAAAAUUUCCUAAAGCCACACGCAUGCGUGAAAUGAUAUGGGAUGACGAGUUAGCGUAUCUAGCCGGAAUGCAUGCCAAACGUUGUUCUAUAUUUCGCGCUGAUUGCCACGCCGCUACACGGUUCCCAGACUCUAAUCAAGUUCUUUGGCAUAGGGAAUUUGAAGAAAAGCCAAAGGAAGUGAUUGACAUGAUUUUGCAUUCGGUACAUUCUUGGUGGUCGGAAAGUAAACAUAUAGAGGAUGGCAAUGCGAUGGUAGACGAGUAUCCGGAUGGAUUGAACGUGACUAUAACAGCCCACUUCUCUGCAAUUGCAUACGAACAUGCAGCUUUUGUCGGUUGUGGUUUGUCGAUAUGUCGAAACCGUUCACAAAAGCCUUAUUGCAUACAUGUUACCUGUAAUUACUCAGCCACUAAUGUAAAUGGUACUUUUACGUACAAGAAAGGCAAUUCCUCAGCGUCCGAAUGUGAUUAUUAUGAGAGCGUUCCAAGUCAUAAAUAUGCAAAUCUAUGUAAAAAUACUGGCAAAAUUUUUAUAAAUUAAGAUGAUGAAUAAAUUUUUGAAUUGUCUAUUGACAAAUAAUAUUAACCUUAACAA